AUGGCCACGCAAGACCCAACCCCACUUCCUCCCACAACAAUCCUCUCUUCAAAACCCAUCUCUCAAGCCGUCGCCCACGACUUCCUAGCCGCCUACCUGGACCGCGCAACCACUGACCCAGCGCUUCAACCGAACGCCGGGAUUAGCGAGCACGGCCCCGUCUCACGCACAACUGCCGCCGCGCCCAAUAUUAUACUUCACAAUCUGAAGCGUGUGCAGGCGGGGCUAGCCGGGGAAGUUCUGGGGAGGGAUUUGGCGAUUGCAGAGAUGAAGGAGGGUGCGCAGCUCGCGCAGGCACAGAGUGGGAACGAUAAUGCGGACGGAAAGUGGGAAGAUAAGGCACAGUUUGAGCAGGAGCAGGAUGGAAAUCAGGUAUAUGAUGCCAAUGUCCGAGAUGAGCCUGAGGGGAUGGAUGUGGAUAAAGUUGACGACACUGAGGGGAAGGUGGCUGCAACGACCGGGACACUAGAUAAGGAGGAGCGCAAGCGGCUGAAGAAGGAGAGGAGAAAAGCUGAAAAGAAGGCGAAAUUGAAGGAUGCGGAUGAAUAG